AUGAAAUUAGGAAUGAGCAAUAGAAUUGUGAAGGUACUUCAGGCUGGGAAACUUGACUAUGGGGCUGGCCUACGUCUGCAAAAACUCCUAGCCGAUCUUCACCAUAGCAAUAAAGACGUGACAACAGAAACAUGCGAUAUUCUGGUUCUACUCGAACACAAUCCAGUGUAUACAAUUGGAAUACGACGAAAAGAUUACUCUAAGGAAGAUGAGGACAAAUUGGUUAAACUUGGGGCAGAAUUUUUCAGAACUAAUCGUGGCGGGCUUAUAACUUUUCACGGACCAGGGCAGCUGAUUGCGUAUCCAAUUCUGAAUUUGAAAAACUUUCAGCAGGGCGUCAGAUGGUACGUCGGCCAAAUGGAGCAAAUGAUAAUACGAUUAUGCGCAGAAUUUGGUAUCAAAGGAGAAACUUCACCCGAUACCGGCGUCUGGGUUGAGAACAAUAAAAUCUGCGCCAUUGGUAUUCAUGGCAGCCGGUAUAUCACGACUCAUGGUCUUGCUCUCAACUGUAACACGGAUUUGAAGUGGUUCGAGCACAUCGUACCAUGCGGUAUCCAAGGAAAAGGAGUAACUAGCAUUAGCAAAGAAAUGAAAUCUGAUGUGACGGUUGAAGAAGUCAUUCCGAUGUUGAAAAAUGCUUUCAAAGACCAAUUCCAAUGUUCUCUCGUAGAUUGCUCGCUUUGCGAGACUUCAAAAUUGCUAAGCAAUGCAGCCGUAGUAGAAAAAUGACACCAAGUGACCUCGUUAGUACUGGGCAUGUAAUCACGCCAAUGCGUAAUGAAUUGAAAUGCUAAUAGUUGAAUCUGAUUUUAAUUUCGACAAUAUUUUUUUUAUACAAAGGUUUUUUACAACUUUUAGCAAAAUAAAUUAUCUAUAUACAAUGUA